GUUUCUUUUAUUGUUGAUCAUCCACCUGGCCGCAAUGGGGCAAUCAUCGUCUGCCCUGCCAUCAUCACUGCCUGAGAAUGCCCUGCACUGUCUCCGAGUCGCGGAUGGCUCUCCUGCCAGUGGACUGCUUGAACCUUUCUUUGAUUAUCUAGUCGAUGUUCAAGUUGACAAUGCGGCUUCAUCCUCGUCUUCGAUCUCGCCCUUACCGCGUAUAGAUGCGCGUCAUCUGGGACAGCUAUUGGAGGACAAUGAAGGGAAGCGCAUCACGUUGAAAGUAUACAACGCAAAGUCUCAGCGAUUAAGAGACGUCUCUCUCACGCCGAACCGCAAUUGGUUCCAAGGCGUAACGGAAGAAUCCGGUCCACGUCCUUCUCUGCUGGGAGUAUCUCUCCGUCAGUGUAACCCUGCCAACGCCUUGGAGUCGGUGUAUCACGUUCUUGAUGUAUUGGAAGGCUCUCCAGCCGAAAUGGCGGGUCUCGUUCCAUGGGGCGACUACGUUCUAGCUUGGUCAGGAGGCCCAUUGCAUUCUGAGAACGAUUUCUACAGACUCGUAGAGUCUCACAUUGACAAGCCCCUUCGUCUCUUUGUUUACAACGCAGAUCUAGACAAUUUACGCGAGGUGAUCCUGUACCCGACACGCCAAUGGGGAGGCGAGGGGUUGAUAGGCUGUGGUAUAGGUUACGGCCUGCUGCAUCGUAUACCUCGACCCUCAACACCUCCUACUACAGUAUUCAACGCCGACUCCUCCUUCAGUCCGGUGGCCAGUCCGCCAUUAGUCAACGCAACAUAAACAACAACAUGCAUA